ACAUAGUACAUGGCCUAAGUAUGAUUUACCUGAGUAGAUAAUAUUACACUCCAUCGUAUUCUUAUAGAUAUUUUAUGGUUCUUGAAUGCGUUUUAAAAUAUUAUCAUUAUUUAUGCGUACAACAGUGUUAAUGUUAAAUUGAUUGCUAGAUUUAUCAUAUCAGUUUAGAAAUUGGUAGAACUCUCGUUACCAAAAUCAAUUGUUAUUCAAAUUAUUAAUAUAACACGUUUACCGCAGGUGUUUUAAAAUUUAUCAGGCAAACUUUCAUGUAAACAAGGAGACUUUUGUUCGUUUGAACAUUGGUCGAACCAAUAAAUCGAAACAUUGUCAAACAUGUCUGUCAAAUAUGUAUUGGUUUCUGAUGAAGAAUAUGGUGAAGCUGUUGAACUUCCAUUAGAAGAUAAUGGCUCAUUACUAUUGUCUACAUUAACGGCACAGUUUCCGGGAGCUAGUGGACUAAAAUUUCGUACGGAAAAUAAUGUUGUGAGAGGUGUUCGAUUAGCUGAUGGUCGAUUCCAUGUACCUGAUAAUGAAUGGGGAAAGACUCCAUAUUAUUGUGUUUUCCCUAAAGUGGAAAAUAAAAGGAAGAUUGAUGAUAGUGUAGAAAAUCCAACAGCUAAGACAAAGAGAUUAGAAACUAAAUUGAAAUGUUCAGAUUUAGUUGUCUUAAAUAUACCAUAUACUUAUGAUGAACAAAAAUUAAAAGAAUAUUUUGGUCAGUUUGGAGAACUACUAAUGUUACAAAUUAAGAGAGACAAAAAUGGACAAUCUCGAGGAUAUGGGUUUUUAAGAUAUACCAAUUUGGAGUCACAAGUUAGAGUUCUUUCUCAACGUCACAAGAUUGAUGGUCGUAACUGUGAAGUAAAAGUUCCAAAAUCUAAGGAAGGUAAUAGUUCAGAACUUUCUGGAAAAGUAUUUGUUGGUCGUGUUACAGAAGAUUUAUCAGCUGAUGACAUUCGUGAGUAUUUCAGCAAAUUCGGAGAAGUCAUCAAUGUUUUUGUGCCCAAAAAUCCAUUCCGUGGAUUUGCUUUCGUAACCUUUCUUGAUCCUGAGGUAGCUGCUAGCUUGUGUGGUGAAGACCAUAUUGUUAAAGAUGUUUCUGUUCGUGUUUCUGAAGCUGCCCCUAAACCACAAGUACCUAAAAAUCGUCAUCAAACUCCUCCACCUAGUGAGCCAUGGGAGCGUUCUAAUAAUCGCCUUAAUGACAAUUAUCGAAAUUGGUAUCAUUCUCUUGAUAAUCGAGGAAAUGUAGAUAUGCCUAAUCUUCAAUCUUUGGGUAUUAAUGGACAAGACAGUUAUCCAAUGAUGCCUUUAAGUCCUGCUAUUGUUGCUGCUGCAUUAACACAGGCUGCUGGAUGGAGUUUAGCUAAUGGCCGUAUGAUGCCACCUCCACCACCUCCUAAUGGGAACAAUCAAUGGUCUCAGCGAAAUAACUAUAACAACAGGAAACGUGCUAAUAAUGAUUACAAUUCAUCAGGAAAUCGUUAAAUGAGAUAAUGGUAAUUUAAUAAAAUGUUAAAUGAAAAAUAUAUGUUAGGAAAAUUAUUUAUUAUCCUGAAAUAAUGCCAGUUCUCACAACUGUUUUGAUUUUUCAUUAAUAUACUUUGUACAUAUUUCAUUAUGUAUAAUAAAACUGGCUUGUAUUUUUAAUUUAAAUUUCGUUCAAGAAGGCAUUGCUGUUGGAAUAACAAUCAUUUUUAUUCAAAUACAACAUGUUUUCAAUAUGAAGUAGCAUGGCCGAAACAAUCUUAUUUUACUGGACAAAUUUAUUUGUUAAUCAAAAUUAAGAAAUUCAUUUACACACUUAUCAUGUGUAUAUAUAAAUAUACACAUUAAUUUAUAGUUACAACACAAUUGUUUAUAUAAAAAUA